AUGACUAUGGAGGUUGUCAGGAAGGAGGAGGAGCAUGUUAUCAAGCCUCAGGCUGUGGCACCUGCCAUUGACACAAGCCAGUGGCCGCUACUCCUCAAGAACUACGAGAAGCUCUUGGUCCGCACCGGCCACUUCACUCCCAUCCCCAAUGGCUGCUCCCCAUUGAAGCGUGACAUCAAGUCCUACAUCAGCUCUGGUGUCAUCAACCUCGACAAGCCUUCGAACCCCUCCUCGCACGAAGUUGUCGCUUGGCUGAAGCGCAUGCUCCGUGUCGAGAAGACUGGCCACAGCGGUACCCUCGAUCCCAAGGUCACAGGCUGCCUGAUUGUCUGCAUUGACCGCGCCACCCGUCUCGUCAAGUCCCAGCAGGGCGCCGGAAAGGAGUAUGUCUGCGUCAUCCGCCUCCACGACAAGGUCCCCGGUGGCCAGGCGCAGUUCGCCAAGGCUCUUGAGUCGCUCACCGGUGCUCUGUUCCAGCGCCCGCCUCUGAUCUCCGCUGUCAAGCGUCAGCUCCGUAUCCGUACCAUCCACGAGAGCAAGCUCAUUGAGUUUGACAACGACCGCCACCUGGGUGUCUUCUGGGUCAGCUGCGAGGCUGGUACCUACAUCCGUACUCUCUGCGUGCACUUGGGUCUUCUGCUCGGUGUCGGCGCCCACAUGCAGGAGCUGCGCCGUGUCAGGAGUGGAGCCAUGGACGAGACCAAGCAGCUGGUUACGCUGCACGAUGUUUUGGAUGCUCAGUGGACCAUGGACAACACGCGCGAUGAGUCGUACCUGCGCAAGGUCAUCUCGCCCCUGGAGACUCUCCUGACCUCGUACAAGCGCCUGGUCGUCAAGGACAGCGCCGUCAACGCCGUCUGCUACGGUGCCAAGCUCAUGCUUCCCGGUCUUCUGCGCUACGAGGCCGAGAUUGAGCACCACGAGGAGGUUGUUCUCAUGACCACCAAGGGUGAGGCCAUCGCCCUGGGUAUCGCUCAGAUGUCGACCGUCGAGAUGACCACAUGCGACCACGGUGUUGUCGCCAAGGUCAAGCGCUGCAUCAUGGAGCGCGACCUGUACCCCCGCCGCUGGGGACUUGGCCCCGUCGCUACCGAGAAGAAGAAGCUCAAGGCCGACGGCAAGCUCGACAAGUUCGGCCGCCCCAACGAGUCGACCCCUGCCCAGUGGACCUCAGGAUACAAGGACUACGCUGCGCCUGCCGAUGGCGUCGCUGCUGCUGCUGCUGCCGCGGCCGCCCCUGUUGUCGAGGAGACCACUGUCACCAAGAUGGAGGUUGUGCCUGCUGAGGAUGCCGACGAGGGCAAGAAGAGGAAGAAGCACGACGGCGAGACAGCCGAGGAGAAGGCCGAGCGGAAACGCAGGAAGGCGGAGAAGAAGGCCGCCAAGGCUGCCAAGAAGUCCAAGGACGACGAUGAGGAUAGCGAUUAAGGGGCUGAUGGCUUGAAUAUCUUGUGACUUAUUGUCUCGCUGGAGCAGACGGUCACGAUCACGCGUCUUGUUGGCUGCAAAUGGUCGUUUGGGGUACUUCUUAGGGGUCUGUUCUUCUUGAUUGUUUGUGCUACGCUGUAUCACUACAAAAGUGUGGCUUUUUCUGGCACUCGGCGUUUUUGGCUCAGACAUUAUCGGCAAGGGUUUAUGAGUAGUUGAGGAUCACAAUCAAAGCAUGUGCAACA